AUGGAUGAGAGAGAUUCAUCUUCAAAUGAUGUCACAAUCAAAACAUUGUUUCCAUCGAUAGAUGAGUUUAUUGAUAUCAGAAACUUUAUCUUUGAAUCGGCACAAAAUAGUAAUGGCUGCAGCGUCAUAAAAAUUGUUCCACCAAAGGAAUGGGUCGCUUCUUUUAAUAAUGACGGUAAAGAAGAACCAGAGGGUUUGUCAAGUCUGCCGGAUUUUGGAUUUCAGUUUAAACAGUAUAAUAUUGAGGAUGUUGGUUCUGGAGAUAAAGAGGUCUUUAAGUUCAAUAAAGAUAAAAAUAUAAAAAGAGAUGUGAUCGAGAACAUUGGGAUGCUGGAACUAUAUUCCAGGUGUGCUGGGGCCAAUACCGUUGCUACCUUGGAAGACGAUGGAAAUAACUCUUUUUGGAACGGUUUGCAUAGUGGUGCAUUGAGUUAUUGCGGGGCUUACGAUUUGGAUUAUGAGGACGUGGAAACAAUGCCCCCUGAUUUUAGUAUAGGAAAUUUAACAAAAUCUAUAUUUGGUGAUAAAGAGAAUAUUAAUAAUAGCAGUAACGGCAAGGGAAAGGAAAUUUUGAUAGGUUCAAAAAAUACCUGUAAAAUUAUACAUAAUCAGAAGAACGCGGAAAAAUGCAUCGUUAGUUAUAUUCACAAGGGCAGUUCAAAGCAUUGGUACAUUGUAGAUGGACCAAGUAGGGAAAAUUAUAUGAAUUUAAUAGGGAUUCAUCUUGAUGAUCCUGCUGAUGAGAUCAUAGUAAAACCCAGCGGCUUAAUAAAACAUAGCAUUGCAUUCACUGAUUUCACUCAAAAGGAAAACGAAUUUAUUGUUAUUUUGCCGGACGUUACUGCAUCUUAUGUGAUUGAUGAUGGGGAUAACUUAUCAGAACUGUUAGACGUGACAUGUAUAAUGAAUCCAAUAACUACGGAAGCCAGCCAGCAAGCUCUUCAAAAUCAACAAAACAUUGAUGGCAUCAAAGCCAAACAUUUUGGGGAAUUAUUAAAUCAUAGUUCAAAUGAAUUAUUGCAACUAGAAGAAAAAAAUGCAUCUACAAAUUCGUUGUUAAAUUUCCCAAACUAUAAUUUGGUCCAAACAGGUUCAUUAAGAAUGGGAAAUGGUACUCCUUCACAAGCUUCGAAUAAUGUAAGCACGGUAACUUCUUCUAACAAUAUGAAUAAGUUAUUUUCUGAAAACAAUACUAGAUCGAAUGCCUCGAUAGGUAAGCAAAUCGAUAACCACUCCAGUCAAAAUCAGCAACAUCACAAUAAAAGUAUUAAUAAUAGCAUAACUCAGCCAACCACGAUAAGUAGAAUUUCUUCGCCACUUUUAUCACGAAUGAUGGAUUUAUCAAGCAUUGUUGAACCAACUUUAGAAGAUCCUACAUUAAGAUUCAAAAGAAAGAUGGUCAAUAUGACACCUGCAAAUGGUUCUAGUACCCCCAUCUCAAACCAAGUUCUGAAAACUAAGGCCACAAAAUUACAAAAUAAUAGCACUAGUAAAGGAAAUACUGCCAAUGGUGCAAUGCCACAAAACACUGCAUUAGAAGAUGAAGAAGAUAAUAUGUUAGCAAUAAGCCUAGCAUUAAUGGCGAAUAGCCGUGCGGCGUCUCCAAGAUUAACUUUACCACCGAUAUCUUCAAAUAUGGAAUCGAAUGCAAUGCUAGUGAAUAUGAACAAUAAUAGUUUUAUUUCUAAUGACAACAGUCCUGUGAUUCCAAGCUCUUCACUAGCAAUUGAUACUUCUUUAGGUAAAAAUAAUGUAGAUAAUUCUUCUAUCAUAUCACCAAAGCCACUAUAUUCUUCCAAUACUAUAGUUAGUCAAAGUAUUGAAUCAAAUGGAGCAAAUUUCAAUAAUAAAAAUAUGCAACCAAUCCCGUCAUCGCCAAGUUCCUCUAAACUGUCAUUCAUGAAGAGAUUAAAGUCUCCUAAUAUUGUGACUUUGAACAUUUCAAGAGAAAACUCAAGGAGUCCAGUUUCGUUAGUUGGGGACUACAGAUCCCCAUUAGGUGCUAUAAACCCGAUUACAUACUCUGGUACAAAUAGUGUUACCUCACUGUCGCAGCUGCAUCAAUUGGAAUUCAGUGCAAAUAAUAACAAGAUUAACGCAAGUAUAAUUAAUCAAAAUGAGGGCACCAUAGGAACACCAACGGGAUUGAGCAAUGUUUUAGCUUCUGUUGGUUCAUCUAAUCCAUCACCACAUUCAUCAAAAAGACAAAAAAUAGAGAAAGGUACGGCAUCGUAUUCAAAUGAAAUGAAGAAAAAGAAUACUGCUGGAUCUAUUCCUCAAAACAAAUUUGGUUCAGAUGAAAUCGUAAUUUCUGAGAAUGGCAAAGUCUACAUUUGUCAAGAUUGUAAGAGGCAAUUUUCGUCCGGCCAUCAUUUGACAAGACAUAAAAAGUCAGUUCAUUCAGGUGAAAAACCUCAUUCUUGUCCAAAAUGUGGGAAACGAUUCAAAAGAAGAGAUCAUGUCUUACAACAUCUUAAUAAGAAAAUACCAUGUACUCAAGAUGGCGGAGUAAACGUUGAAAACCCCAAUAAACCUUCCAAACCUAAAAGCACUGCAGUUAAAGAACAAUUUGAGGAUAUGAAUCUCUCAUCCGAUAUUAUAACGUCUGCUGCUGUAUCAAAUAUUCAAAAUCAACCAUUACAACAAAACCAAAUUCCAACUGGUGUGUUUGUACCGAUUUCGAAUGCCACAACACCAGAGAUUCCAGUUGUUCCAAAAACAGAAAGUCAAACUAUGUAA